AUGAAUCAAUCUCGUUCUGUUCUUAGACAGCUAAAACAUUUUUCGUGUGUACGUUAUCUAGCAAUAGGUCUCUCUGAUAAUGGAAGUUUUGUCUUCUCACAGAAAAGUGUCGGUGCUGAUGUUGAUAUGGUUAACUAUAAUACACCUGGAAUUUAUUUUGCAGCUUACAAUCCAGAAGGAUUUAUUUUAAAUACAGGUGUGAAGGUGAUUGGACCAUGCGCUGCUUUUCCGCGGUUCGCUCUUAGUUGGAAGGUGAAAGAUGCUUUGGAUAUUUCUGAGGAGUCUCUAUCUUUGCUUUUCAUGCUGGAGCCUCCACUUGAGGUUCUUAUCAUUGGUAAGGGAGAAACAAAAAGUCCAGUUGAUUACCAACGAAUACUAAAUAUAUGCUGGAAACAUCGUCUGCCUGUGGAAGUGAUGUCAACACACCAUGCUAUAGGAACAUUUAACUUUCUGAAUUCAGAAAGACGAUAUGUAGCUGCAGCUGUCAUUCCUCCUCGUCGUCUUGAUGUAUAUGAUGAAGCUGAUAAAAAAGCCACGCAUCUACUAUUGGAAAGAGAGAGUCAACAAUCAGACGAAAUACCUCUACUGAGUCCAACCAGCACUAAAUUGUUGGAAUCCAGUGAUUUUAAAGGAGAUAUUAUUGUUUCGCGUUCACCUUUGAUAAGUGGUAAUACACCAUCCUCCACGUCAUUGCCUUCUGGAAGCGAAGAAAAAACAUGA